AUGUCGUCGAGCAGUAGCAUAGCACCCUCGAGCAGUGUCGAGGACAUGGCCGCGUCACUGAAGAAGGAACUGCGGCGCCGCAUUGGAGCAACUCUCAAGGCGCUGCCGGAUAGCGAGGUGACGGAGCAGAGCCGCCUGUUGGCCGAGAAGAUAUGCGCCUUGCCGGAGUUCGCUCGAGCCCGCGGCAUCAGUGUGUACCUGGAGAUGCCCAAGGAGGCAGCCACGUCCAAGCUUCUGGAGGCCGCUUUCGCAGGAGGCAAAAAGGUUUUCGUGCCCAAAAUCACGGGGCGAUCAGCCGAAGACUUGAUGAUGCUGCAGGCUACGUCGAUGGAUGACAUCCGAUGCUUCCCCAAGGACAAGUGGCAGAUUCCAGAUCCUCCUCUGCUGUCGGACACCGGCACGCCGCGUGACGAUGCAGUGCAAGGCGACGAGCUGGAGCUCGUGCUGCUGCCAGGAGUGGCCUUCGAUCGCCAAGGAGGGCGCCUGGGCCAUGGCAAGGGUUACUACGACUCGUUCCUGCGACGGCUAACGGAACACUACAACGCCAUAGGACACCCACCACCCACAACCAUUGGUCUUUGUCUGACGCCGCAACUCAUUGAGCAAGUGCCGUUAGCUGCGCAUGAUAAAAUGCUCGACCUGGUGGUAACUCCCACCGAGGUCAUCCGUGUCAAUCCACCCCAAUAA